CCUGCGGCUGCCGGGCUGGCUGACAGGAGCGCCCCGGAGGGAGCGAUGGGGGAGCGCGGCCGCCGGGGCCCCUGAGACCCCGCCGCGCCCCAGCCCCGGCCUCCGCCAUGGAGCUGGAGCAGCCCGGGGAGCACCCGGAGCCGCGCGCCGCCGCCGGGGGCAAGGGGUCGCCCCGCAACGGAUUUUGUCGAGAGUCUUCCACAGAACAUGAGCCACCUCCUACUACAGAUGUCGAUCAGAUGAGUUUCUCAUCUCCUGGGCUUCCCAUGAACUCUGUGGGCAAUGACCGGGUUGAUCAGCGAACCUGCCUUAUCUGUGGAGACAGAGCUACAGGUCUGCACUAUGGUAUCAUCUCCUGUGAAGGCUGCAAAGGGUUUUUCAAAAGGAGCAUUUGCAACAAGCGGGUUUACAGAUGCAGUCGAGACAAGAACUGUGUCAUGUCACGCAAACAGCGAAACAGAUGCCAGUAUUGCAGGCUGCUCAAGUGCCUCCAGAUGGGGAUGAAUAGGAAAGCAAUCAGAGAAGAUGGCAUGCCAGGAGGCAGGAACAAAAGUAUUGGACCUGUUCAGAUAUCAGAGGAGGAGAUUGAAAGAAUUAUGUCUGGACAAGAAUUUGAGGGGGAGGCAAACAUCUCUUGGAGUAACAAUGGAGACAGUGACCAUAGUUCUCCUGGGAAUGGCGUUUCUGAGAGCAACCAGCCAUCACCUGUUUCUACUCCGUCUUCAAGUAGGUCUGUGGAGCUGAAUGGAUUCACUGCACUCAGGGAUCAAUAUAUUGGGACUCCAGUGUCCACGCACUAUCAGUACCUACCGCACCUUUUUAACUACUCUGCUCACUCAGCUCUGAUGCCCCCACAGACCCGAAGCCUAGAUCCCCAGUCACAUAGUCUCAUCAAUCAGCUAGUGUCAGCUGAGGACCUGGAACCACUUGGCACUCCAAUGCUUAUUGAAGAUGGGUAUAAAGUGACUCAGGCAGAGCUGUUUGCGUUGCUGUGUCGUCUGGCAGAUGAGUUGCUUUUCAGGCAGAUUGCUUGGAUAAAGAAGCUGCCAUUCUUCUGUGAACUCUCAAUCAAGGACUAUACUUGCCUGCUAAGUUCCACGUGGCAGGAGCUGAUUCUGCUGUCCUCACUAACCGUUUACAGUAAACAGAUCUUUGGUGACCUUGCUGAUGUAACCUCCAAGUACUCUCCCUCUGACGAUGAGCUGCACAGAUUCAGUGAAGAGGGAAUGGAGGUGAUGGAACGGCUGAUCUACCUCUACCGCAAAUUUAACCAAUUGAAGGUCAGCAAUGAGGAGUAUGCAUGUAUGAAAGCCAUUAACUUCCUCAAUCAAGACAUUAGGGGCCUGGCUAAUACAUCCCAACUGGAGCAAUUGAAUAAACGGUAUUGGUACGUGUGCCAGGAUUUUACAGAAUACAAGUACCCACAUCAGCCAAACAGGUUUCCGGAUCUAAUGAUGUGUUUGCCAGAGAUACGAUACAUUGCAGGAAAAAUGGUGAAUGUUCCUCUGGAGCAGCUGCCCCUCCUUUUUAAAGCCGUUCUGCAUUCCUGCAAGACAAGCGUGAGCAAAGAGUGAGCCUUCAUUGCCCCGAACCCAUGCCUUACUCUGGUGCUUCUGGUGGGGAACUGGCUCACAUGUGAAGAGAGAGGGGAGGGAAAACCAUGAUCAAGGCAGUAGGGAGCUGCUGAGACAGGGCGUCAGGUAGCCCUGUCAUUGUAGCAAGAAUCUUUUUUUGUUUUUUUGUUUUGUUUUUUAAACUCUUUUCCUAUAUAUUUAUUUCACGACAGAGUUGAAUGUAUGAUCUUCAACACAGUGCACAUGGUUCUGUAUGAAUGCAGCAGAUGCAUUCUCUUGCAGUUUACAGAAUGUGAAGAUGUUUAAUGUUACAGUGUUUGUUAGGAUUAGUUCUUUUGUAUUUGGGGGGCUGGGGGCCGAUAUGACUAAGACUACCUCAAUGAGAAGAUGCUGUUCAUGUACUGAUCAUUCCAUGAUUCAUAUCCAAAGUGUUUGCCUGGAGAGCAAACUGCCUCACUCCACUGGAAGAGCUGUUAGCAUCCCAAAUGCUGGAGCGCAUUGGAGGAGUGUGGGCAUUAGAGAAGUGCCAAGCUUCAAAAAAGAUAAGUGGGGGAGAAGGUGGUACACCAAAACCAGAAUUUGGGUACCCCCAGAAUAGCCAACCUGUUUAUUGUUAUAACCAAUCUGUUCUCAUUAAGUGUGGGUCUCCAGGGUGGCUAAGGGAAUACUUGGAGGACACAGAUACAGCCGUGGAUAAAUUAUUGACACAAGCAGUAUUCCAAAACAAGGCACCUUUUAUUGAACAAUUUCUUGACACAGUAACAAUCUAAACACAAAUCCCUUUUAUAACAAGUUAAAGAGCACCUCAAACCACAUUGCCUUAUAGCUUGACACGAUACUGAGUGGAUGCUCCCUGCUUCAGAUGGUCAGUCUGUCAUAGAUAGCUAACAGCCACUUUUAGAUGUCCAUUAGUUUUUACACGUAUAAAUCCCUUUCACAGUCAACACACACAGUCAAUACAUCUGUAUUAACCCCCCCCCCCCACACACACACACACUAUGCUAUGCUAUGCUAUAACUAUACCCGUUACUCUGUCUGACAAACUUACUCAGCUGACGGCACAGUAUCUUUUCCUGUUUUCUUUCUCCCACUCCUCUGCUGCAUCCUUCUCUUCUCCCACUGCUGCUUCUCCUCGUCUCACCCUCACCUCUUUUGCGCCUUCCUCUGCCUUCUCUGCUCAGCUGCCUUCUCAACCUCUCAACUCUCAGCUGCCACUGAUUUUUAUACCCUACUUUGCUAACGGUCACAUGUCAGUCAUUCCAUUUGACCAUUAUUUACCUCAGUGUUAUGAUCUGUCAUUUGUUGUUUACCACCCUCUUUUUCCUGCCAAUUCCUAGUGCUACGUGACCUGCAGCUGUCAGCUAGUGGUGGAGUGACUCUUGCUUAUUCAAAAUGGAAGCCAGGAAUCUAGAGAUUUUAAAAUGGAGUUUCUCUGGAAUCAGAGGGAGAAAUGAAGUUUACUAGUUGACCAAAAAAAAAGUCUUCAUUGGUUUUCAAAUGAAACUCUCAUGGUGUAAAUUGGGUCCCCCUGAAAUUCUGUCACAAGAGAAUUGCAGCAUUCCAAGGCUGAGAAAGGCCCCUAGCCCAUAUUCCCCUUCCCUGGGCAAUGCAGAAUUGUGUUCUCUCUCUCUCUCUCUCUCUCUCUCUCUCCAACUGAUGCAUGAUUAUUCCCUCAUGACUCUCCUACCAAACUGGAAUUGUGUCAUUGUAAUUAAUAACAGGCUUUGAAUGGGGUGGCAGAAAUAAAUCAGGCAGACUGCAAAUCAUUUAAUUAUUGGCUAAAUGCUAUCUCUUAGAAUCACAAACUGGAAAAGCAUUCUGAGAAGCCAGGGCAAUAUAUGUUCUCCAUGGCUAGAUUUGGCCUAGUUUUUAAAUUACUCCAGUGAAGAGGAUUUCCUACUACAGUAGUUAUAAGCAAUUCACAUCAGCGAACACUUCAAACCCAGCAGCUUCUAUCCCUCCUGUGGAUAAAAUAAAUAUGACUUCUGAGAAGAGAUUUCAGUAUCCUCUGCUAUUGGGUGUCUGUUGAACCUUGGAGAACAUAUGGGUAUUAACCAAGUCCUGCAUGUACCAUUUUACUGCUUGGAGGGGAGUGUAGUACGAAAACUUGGCUCUUAGUACAAUUCAUCUAUAUUACUUAGUUCUAAAUCUCACAGAAUUUAGAUGUUCCACCCAGUAACUUCAGUCACUUGCAUUACAUCAAAAAUACUUUAAUUGCUGCUGUUUGAUUAACAUGUAUUACUGUCCAUUAAGCCUCAGUGUCCUCCUUGACUUCCUGUAUCCACAUGAUUGCUAGCUGGGGUCGAGUUUCUUUCCCUGUUUCCAUCAUUCAUAGAUUUAUGAAAUGUCACUCAUUCUAACAGGCAGCCAUGUUUCCUUUGCUGAAUUUUCUGCUGGGACCCUUAGUUGUGAAUCUGUUUUGAGUGGUUACAUUAGGCUGAUUGAGACAUUUUUGAAUGUUAAAGAACCUGCUAUUUUUAAACUACCUUGAGUUCUUCAGGAAACAACUUCUGCUCUUCUGGGGUGGGAGAAAACAUCCUUACAUCCUUGCCAUCCUCUGUCCAGUCAUGACCCAUCAUAGUGUAUGGCACAAAUUAAAUAUGUGGUCAGGAGAAGCAGUCUUUUCUUCUGAACAAGCACCUGCUUGCCACUGAAGUACUGUACCUGCUAGUGGGUAGAAAUGAAUUGAGUGAACAGCAGAAGCAUAUCAUUCAGUCCCACCCCAAAUGCUACCUACAGACUAGUGUAAUAGCAGCCCAACAGCCAUUGGAACUUGCUAGCUUGGCACAUCUCUAGGUUAGUCAACAGUUACUCUGUACAAUAAGUGCAAAUGGGUCCUGCCUGCAAGAGAUGAAGACUACUCCAUCCAAAACCAUCUCAGCAGAGACAAGCUGUUGACUAACCCUGUAGACCAAAGGCAGUGUUGCUCUCUUUAAUUCUGCUUUGUGAAUCUUCCCACUUGAUUUUUUUCCUUGCUUUAGGUAGUCCACUAGCUGCUGAUGUACACUUUCCUAAAAUAAGAUGUUACGGGUAACAGCUGCUGGGAUCAGCAGAAUUCCACUUUUAUGUCGCUUGACGAAUACAAAGUUAGUUUCAUGAAUCUCGUUUGCGUUCUGUUUAUAAAAUGAGACAAGCACAUAUUUCUCAGGAAAGCCUUCUGCAUACAGUAUAUACCUCAAGUAUACAUGGGAAGAUUUUAGUGUAUCUGUUUGUUUCUAAGCUAGGAAGUAUUGCCAGCUUUAACUUUCAUUUUCAAAUAAUUCCACAUGAUACUUGUAUUACGGGUUAUUUUCUGGCUUGCUUACACAUUUCAGGAAUAGUUUAACUGCACAGAAGUAAUCUUAUUCCACAGUUAUUAGAUGAUUAAUUAUUGAUGAAUAAGAGUUUGUUUUAAUUAGAAGAUCUCUAUGCUAAAAUUAGAAAACUUGUUUUUGCCAAAAACACCUGACAAAAACAUCUAUUUUGUACUCGGUCCAAAAUUGACUCCCCAGGAAAAUGCUGCGCAAGCAAAUAUUUAAUAAACUUGAUGGGGGUGGAGGGAGGGGAUGUGCUACUACUUGCAACUGUGUAAACCAUUUUGAUAAAUGUUGAUUGGCAGCAGUAUCUGUGAACAAACCCCCUUGUAUCGCAGUGAGCAUAAAAGCUGUGUUAAAUUCACAAGCAAGAACGAGACUAACAUACCGAACCAGAACCUAACUCGCUGGACAGUCAUUAAUGUCUUCUGCACCAAGUCCUCUAAUGACUUGUGUUUUUUAAACAGGGUAAAGUGAAUGUGUUGCAUUGCAAACUCAGGUAUUAUGAUGAGAAGAUAGGAAUGUAGCUAGAAAUGUAGCGACAUUAGGUCAGUCACUAGAUGUAUUUGUGAAUUUGGUUUGAAGGACAUCCUACAAAAGUUGGAAUUGUUUGUCCCAAUCUUCACAUAACAUUCGGUUUACAGGGAACCAUAUUUUAUUUGUGCUUAAUGCUAGUUGGGUGGGGAUUAUCUUUGGUAUCUGCUGUUGCUUAUCUGGCCUUCUGUCAUAGAAGACUCCAUCAACAAUAAUCAUUUUUGGUGGAAUUUUCUGCCAAGACAAGUCAAUAUUUAUCUCCGGUUUGAAAGAUAACUCAAUUGACCCCAUCCUUUCCCUCAUAGUAUUUGUGCAAAUGUAAAUCUGAAGAGUUUUUUUAAUCCAAACAGAUUUUUGGAUACAAAUUUGAAGUGCCUAUGCUCAUAUAUUCAGAGGGGGCUCAGUUCACAAAUGAACACAUUUAAAAUUGUAAUCUGCUCCAGGAAACUCUGUAGGUUUUGAGUAUCAUCUCUUGCUAAUUACUGCAUUGCCAAGAAACUGCUACUAUCAGUGAAUGGUGUUACUCCGUUAGCUCAAGUGGCAAGGCCACUGCUUUCAGUGCUGAAGGUACUGGACUUAAAUGCCAGUGAUCUGGCACCACAGGCCAUGAUUAAAAGCCCGCUGAAGUCAGUUGGAAUCUUUCCAUUGGCCCUCAGGGCUGUGAAUAAGGCCAUAGAAGCACAACUUGAGCUGAAAGAGUAAAUGUUUACUCCAUUAGCUUUAGCAGUAGUAGGCUUUUAUCCUCUGUGGGGACCAGCAACUAGAAGGGGACAUAACUCACAAGCCAAGUGUGUCAUGCCAGCAAGAAGCUCAAAGCCAGUUAUAUCUAUAAAUUGUUAAUUCCAUAAACACCAGGGACUUAGGCCCCUCCCCCUGGGUGAGAACCCAAUCAGGUUUACACUCAGCAGCACCAAUUCAAGGAGGCAAAUUUACAACCAGAGAUGACCCUAUGGCUGCCGAUAGUGGGGGGGCCAGAGUGAGGGCAGCAGCUUCAGCAGCGUUACUGAGCAUGCUCAGUCCGUGUGAGCAUGCUCAGUACAAGCCAAGGAGCAAAUCAGGAGGGGGAGAGGGGAGAGCACAUGACCCUGCAUGACCCUCCCCCUGUGUCACCUCUGCUUACAGCCAUGUAUAACGCAUUCAGUUCUUUGUUGUCUGUGCGCGUGACACUAAACAUCUAGAACUGUCUGUGCAUCAAAAAGUCUCGUUUCUCAGGUUGGGGCAUAGGCCACAAAGCACAGCAUUUUCCUGCUCUCAUUUCCUGCUGCUUGUCAGGUUCGUGUAUUGAAUUGUCUGUGGGGAAGACCAGAACCUUCCAUGGGCCAUUACAAACCACAGUACAUUCCGGGAAGCUACCUGUGCAGCCCCAACAGGGCAUACACUGUGUGAAGAGAUGAAACGCCUCUUCCUAAGCUGUGCCCAACCGCCUGAAGGGAUGAAAUCUGAACACCUCGUAGGUACCAUGUGUUAGGAAGAAGCUGAAGUCUUUAUUACAAAUAUUAAUUUCACAUGCACAGUUGCCACUCUUUGAAUGUUAAUAUCUGGGCUGCUUUAACCCUUUCCAUCUCACUCCUAAAGCCUUUAGACAAUACUGUAGAAUAACGCUUGCUUUUCAAUGGCUAGUGUAGCUGUCCACUUUUCCAUGUCUUCAGUUACUGAACUUUCUUAUCCACAGUUGCGUAGGCAUAAAGACCAAAGAGCAGACCACACAUUUUGAAAACUUAUCAAUUAAAAGGUCUUUUCCAGAUGCAGCUCUUGCGGGUUAAAUGCUCAGUGUUGCUGUGUGUAUAUGACCGUUUACAAGCUGAAUGCCCUCCUCACUGACAUGAAAAUGGCCCUACUGUGUCAGGUUUGUCAGUUCAGAUAUUUAUUGGCCACUCUUGAAUCUAGCAAGAUUCACUUCCUGCUUCCAGCCAGCUCAGUGCCCCAGGGGAGCCUCUUCCCAAUGUUGUGGUGCUUUUGCUUCUUGUUGGAGGCCAAAAGUGCAAACACGGCUGCAAAAUUGAGGUAUAGGAGGUUGGAGGUAACCCCUCAGAGAGGCUCAGGUCAAGAAGUGGGCAAAGGGCUGUGAGGGCUAACUCUGCCUGAUCUGUUCCUGUGUCCCUACUGAAUAUGUGUGCCUGAGCACUGGGCUGACCCAGAGAACCUGCUAACAUAAAUGAGAAGGUUCACAACAAACAGGAUUUUUCCUUCUCCUGAGUAGGAAGAUUGGAGACUGCUCAAGCCUUGCUUGUUGUCUGCCCUGUAUGUCCCAUACUCCGUUAUGUUGCUGCAUUAUAGGAUCUGUGUGCUGGUAUGAACAAACUCUUCAGACUUCAGCACAAAGCAGUGAUGAAGUCAUUUCUGCUUAUUGGUUUUAAAAGUCCAGUCCUUCAAACCAAUCUUUUUUUUAAAAAACUUGAAUUUCUUUUAUCUUUAAUACUUUUUAAAAGGAAAACAACAACAAAAAUCCCUCCUGUGAAUGUGCUAUCACAAUUGGUGGUUCUUCCUUGGUUUUGGUUUGAAGCUAUGAAGCUCGGUGUCUGUGAUGAUGUUAUUUCUAUAUUUCUCAGGAUAAGACGCGGCAAUCAUCCCUGCCACAUAAAAGGCAGGAGAAGGGGGGAACUUGGGGAAGUAGUUUAAGUAUGAAGCUAAUUUGUAAGUUUUAGAUGAUGUGUAAAUCAAAGAUGACAAUACAUAAGAUGUCAGCGUCAAGCUGUGGCGUUUCUUUGGGUUCUCAGUGCGUUGCUUGCGACGCGCACAGAAGCUCAGGGAUAUGUAUUUAAAUGUGACCCACUGAAACCCUAAUCUUGAUGUUGCAACAGUAGCUUCUUUCAUGACCUGUUUGGAAGCCCAUUAUGAUCUGAGUAAGCAUCUCCACAUCUGGAUUUUAGGAAGAAAAGUCUGGCUUUGUUUGUGGGGAGUUUUUACAUCAGUGGUUUGUGUACAGUCAGUAACAACAAGUAACAAUUUCCUUCAGAUCCACAUUGCCUGUUCUGAGCUAUUGCAAAUCUGUAUGAAGACACCCUGAGUUACAUCAGGUCAGAUGCUGUGACUGCAUGGAUUAUAAUCAUUAGCAUUGUCAGUCUGUCAGGGCAAACUGGUGAGAGAAUACUGAUGUGUUGACAGGAGAAAAUGUCCAAGAUGGUUGCAAACUGCAGGGGAAAUCAUGGUGUGGCCUGGAGGUGGCCUGUAAUACACCCCUCACCCCAUUAAGGCUUCACUAAACUUAACAAAAAUAAUAAAAUAUAGAAAUGCCCUGCCCUCCUCAACCCCAAUGUACCCAGCAGUGCCAUUUGCCAAUCUUGAUGGGUAUCUUUAAUGUGACACCUAGGGCUGUCAAGCGAUUAAAAAAAUUAAUAGUGAACACUGUUAAAAAUAGAGUAACAUUUAAAUAUUUUUGAUGUUUUCUACAUUUUCAAAUAUAUUGAUUUCAUUUACAAC